AGAUCGUUUAUUUAAAAAACUGUAUAAUAUACUUUAAGCUAUUAUAAAAUUAAACAACUUUUCUACUAGGGAAUGCAAUAAAUAUUUGUUUUUUUGUUUUCCAGAAAAGUUUGGUUAUUGGUGCUAACGAAAAUUUGCCUUCUAACCAUCAAUAUAAUUAAAAAAGAAUUCACUGUCAUUAUUCAUAAUAAAUUAUUACUCAUUAACUAACAUUUUAAAUACUUGAUUUCCCAUUUUAAAUGGCCUACUUAUAACAUUUUUAGUAAAAAGGACUUAUUAUUUGUGCCUUUUCUAUUAUAUAUUUUUAAAUAUGAUUAUGACAUCUAAUAUUCUUACUAAACUCAAUUAUACACUUAAUCAAACUUAAAUAUAGCUUAAAUAAUAUUUUUUUUUUAUUUUCUGUUAAGGAGUCAUGUAAAUAUUAAUUUGUAAUUAAAUAGUAUAGAAUUUUUUAUUUUAUUUUGUUUCUCCUGCAAAAUAUGUACUUUUUGAGUUAUGUCAGUGAAAAUUCAAUACUAUUGCAGGUAACCAUAGCUAUUUUAGUCAAAAAACAUAAGUUGAGUUAUGGAGGGUAAAUUUAAUUCAGGACUGAUGUCAAUAAUUAAUAAUUUAAAAGGUUCAUGUGAAAUGAUCAAAUUAUCUGAUGAUAAUCAACUACUAUACAAUCAAAUACUAUCAUUAAUUAAACUAUUGCCAAAUAAUGGCGAAUAUUUUGAUUAUUUUUCCGAGUUAUGCCAAACAAAAGAAGAUAUUUUUACAGAAGUUUCAUAUUAUGAAGAAAAAAUGGGUAUUUCAAUUAAUUUGUUACCAAAUAACAUGCUACUAGAUAGUGCAAUUAAAAUUCUUAUGCAAACGGGUAUUUAUGACUAUUAUUCUAAUAGUCUGUUUUUAAAAUAUAUGAUGAUUGUUGGGAAUUGUUCUAGACAAAAACUUUAUAUGGAUAAUUUAGAUGAACACAUUAAAAAACUCAAAAUUGCAAUUGAUCAACAAAAUGAUUUAAAAUGUGAAUUAUCUAGUAUCAAUUACACUCCCAUUGGUUUUACUGCAGAAUCUAUUAAUAUUAAACCAAUUAAUGGUCCUCAAAAUGUUGAAAAUUGUGAAAAAAUAAUUAAUUUGACAAAAAAAAUAUUUGAAUUAGAACAUAAACAAGUUGAAGUUUCAAAAGUUUUAUCUGAAAUUAAAAAUGGACAAAAAAAAAAAUAUCGUGGCCUACCUCCUAAUAUUGAACAAGCUAUGGUAGCAAUUCAGUUAGCUGAAAAAAAUAUGAAAAUUGUAUCAAAAAAAUUAAUUGAAAAACUUGAAAAUAGUUAAAUUUUAAUUUUUAACUUGACAAUAUUGUUAAAUAAUUAAUUUUAUUAUACUUAGAUAUAAUUUAUUUUUAAAUUAAAAUAUUUCUUUAUACAAUAUUAUGUUUUAAAUUUUUACUGUGAUUAUUAUUACUA